AUGCGUUUCUCCGUCUUCAUAUUCUCCUCCCUUCUUUCCAUAACCGCAGCCGUCGCCCAAUCCACGACGUUACCGGCUUCGGCAGAUGUCUUCUUCUGGCCCGUCGCAUCUCCUCAACCGUCACUCCUUGCCCAGGUAGCAUACGAUCCCUCAACACUUGAGACAAGCGUCCUGUCAUACAAUCCUCCCGAGGAUGCAAACCGGACUCCUGUCGGGGGCGACGGUGGAGCAGAAAACCUCAUCCGCAUCGGUUUUUUCGUUCCCACCCCCUCCAACUCGAAGCAAUGGGUCGGCAGUCUGAUAUCACGGUCUUCGCUGGCCGGAGAGGUGAUCACAGAUGAUCAAAGCCGCCCGAAACUCCUGCUUCAUCUCAGUCCCGCCAAUGAGCUCUACCACGUCUCAUUCACGUUGCCCUCGAACCACUCUUCCUCAAUGUUGGAUGUCGAUCUGGUCCACGCCGAUGCUGGCCCGCGUCCUCACCUGAAUAAACCCGUGGUUCUUGGUCCGGAUGGAAAGGAUAAGGAGGAAGUCGCCGAGAAGACAUUUUUCCAGAAGUACUGGUGGGUGUUUCUUAUUGUCACAUUUCUUGCUCUUUCUGGGGGAGGAGAAGAGCAAAGCGUGUCAAAUAUGUGUACUCUGUUCCCUAGAUGGUCUUUGAGAAUUUGUGGCAUGAAAUUGUCACAGGGUGCGGUCCAAAAUUCCCAAUUCGCAGGCAAAAUACCGCUUCCAUGUGGAGAAAGGAACUCUAUCGAAGUGCUCCUCCAUUUGCUCUGUUAUUCAGUACUUAAUGUUUCAUCUGGGUCACUCAUGCUCAGUAAGGUCUUUUUCGGAAACGCCUGGUCAGAUGGCAUUGGAUAUCGAGACGCCUUUGGAUUGCCUGGGUCACUGCCUGAGUCGUCUAAAGGAACUGACAGAGAAAGUACUCUGGAAUGCCACUUGAUUGGUUCGUAUUUCACUCCUGAAACAUGUACUUGCUAG